UAUUAGUGGUCAAGUCAAGUGGCUUUUCCAGAGUGAAACUUCCCAGAAUUUUCCUCCCAUUUUCAUUGAUCUGGUAGUUCUGCUCUUGAUUUUCUUGGUUAACCUGAAUGAUAUGCUCUAUGGGAGGCUGAAGACUCGCAGUCUCAUGAACAAGUUCUCUUUUUUCUUCAUAUGGUUUUGUGUUCAGAAAUUUGGUGGCUCAUAUCUUCUGUUCCUUGCUUUGGAUCUCCUUACUCAUCUAUUUGGCUUGGAAGUUUUCACUAUAAUGUCUGCUUCAAAAGCUGUAGCAACUUCAUCUUCUUCAUCUUCUUGUUCUGAUGAUGAGUUCUCGAGCUUUAGAGGCAAAACCACCCGUAAGGCUUCAAAAGCUGAAGCAUCUUCUUCUUCUUCUUCUUCUUCUUCUUCAUCAUCUUGUUGUUCUUAUCAUGCGUUCUUGAGCUUUAGAGGCAAAGACGUUCGCAAGACUUUUGCAGAUCAUCUCUAUGUAGCUCUGACUCAAGCUGGGAUUCACACCUUCAGAGACGAUGAUGAAAUAGAGAGAGGAGAAAACAUUGAGCAAGAACUCAAGAAAGCAAUACAACAAUCAAAAGUAGCAGUAAUAGUGUUUUCCCCAGACUAUGCCUCUUCAAGAUGGUGCCUUAAUGAGCUUUUGAAGAUCAAUGAGGUUAGGAAAGCUGGUGUUAUGCAUAUUUUGCCAAUUUUCUACCAUGUCGAUCCACAUGCGGUCAGGUGGCAGACAGGAAGCUUCAUGGAAGCAUUUGUUAGACAUGAAGAGCAAUUAAAGGUGGAGAUAGACAAGGUGGAGAGAUGGAGGGCAGCUCUCAAAGAAGUUGCAGAUCUAGGCGGGGAGGUUUUAAAAGACCAGCCAGAUUAAUCAGUGGUUGCAAGAUGAGUCGACAAAUGUUAGGAUAUUGGUACUUUGCGGGAUUGGUGGGGUUGGAAAGACCACCAUUGCAAAGACUGUUUAUAACCAGAACUAUGACAAGUUUGAAAGGAGCUGCUUUCUUGC